AUGAUAGAGAUGACAGGGGUUCGUACAGAACUUCCUGAAUCUGAUAUGGAUAGUAGUUCAUUGGAGUUGACAUCAAAUAAGAGAAUAACUGAUGAAUGUGUAAAGAAGCAGGGUUCAAAUCAGAAGGGAACUAUAGAAUACAAAUAUAAAAUAUAUACAUUCUUGAUCAUAUCACUUCUCCAGAUUUUCUUGAACUAUGACAACGGCGUAAUACCUGUAAUAUUAAAUUGGAUUCAGGAACCGUAUAAAUUUACUAGCACGGAAUUAGGUAUUAUGGGCUCACUGUCUUAUUUCGCAUACGUUCCUAUGUCAUUUUUUAUGCCACCAAUUUUUCUCAACUUAAGUUGCCACAAAGCAAUAUAUAUCGGCUUGUUUUUAAAUUUGUUAUCUCUGGCCCUAUUUGGGCUGUCGGUUAGUAAAUACAUCUUCUUUGUCGCAAAAUUCUGUAUCGGCGCGUCUCAAUCGUUGUUCACUACUUACUAUCCACUCUGGGUUGACACAUUUGCACCACCUAAACAUAGAAAUUUAUGGAUGUCAAUUCUUCAGGGGGGGAUUAUAGUGGGAAUGGCUGUAGGUUACGUUGCUACAUCAUUAUUUUCUUUUAUCGGAGAAAAUGGAUGGCGGUUCAGUAUACUCACGCAAAUCGUUUUCGAAGCUGUUUUAAUAAUAUUGUUUCUAUUUCUUCCUGCUGAAUUCGUAAAUUUUGACGCUUCAAGAGAUGAUAUCGUUAACUUUGACUUAUGUACCUGUGAAAAUCAAGAAAUGGCUAAACCCGAUUUAAAUGGCUCCAAAUUAGCAGUAAUUUCAGAAAAUGACGAUAAUUCGCCUGUUUCAAAUUAUAUUCUUUCCAAUAGGAAGGAAUCAGGGGCUGUUAUUCACAAUGAAAACACACAAUCCAAUGCUAAGAAGGAUUUGAAGUAUAAGGAUAAAACGGAUAAAAAUGUUGAUGUUGUAAGCAAAGAUUCCAAUAUAGGCGAUACGAUUUCAUAUUUGAACAGACUCGCUUCAAGCAAUUUUGAGUAUAAUUUAAAGCGCUGCCGGAGCCUCAAUAUAAUCUCUUCUAAAAAUUCUAUCUCGAACUAUGUUGAAGUUUCAAGAAUAUAUUCUAAUGUUGAAAGUUCAACAAUAAAUAAAUUCGAAUACUCCAAAUGCAGUAAGUGUUUCUUAAACAACGUGAAACUAUACAAUGAAAUCGUACAGAUUAAAAAGCUCUCACCGUGGUCUAAAUUUAAAAUAUUAAUAAAGCACAGCAUUUUCAUUCUAAGCUGCCUGUCAAUUUCAGCUCUUUAUUUUCAAGUAACCGGUAUACACUACUGGGUUACUAAAAUGGCAGUUUCUUGUUUGAAGGUUAAAGAGAAGGUGUUUCACGUAAUAUUCGUUAUUGAGAUGGUGACAGGCCCUGUAUUAGGUAUUCUCAGCGGAUCUCAUUUAAUCGACCAAAUAAUACACCACUAUCCACAAUAUCCUCUAUUGGUCGAUACCACAAUAAUUAUCUGGGCAUCGCUUACCUGCGUAGCAAGUACCUUGCUAAUUUUUAACCAAAAUAUGAUGGCUUUCGUGAUUUGCAUAUUUGUUAUAAUCUUUCUAGGAUCUGCCAUUGUGCCUACGGUGACUCUCCUGUCCGUCGCCUAUGUUCCUCACAGGCUGAAACCAAUAGCAGCAUCAUUUUUCAUGUGCCAGUAUCACAUUCUUGGUUUCACCUUGGGAACCAUAGUUCCGGGGGCAGCCGUCGAUAUUUUUAGGAGUAACACUGCAGGACUUUUGAUUAUAUUCAUAGGUGGAUAUCUCGGUUUAAUUGCCUAUUUUCUGAUUCUGUACAUCAAAUGGAAGAAUUUGAGAACAGAGCAAUUGAAAGAGUUGUGUUUUUAUGAGUGA